AUCGCCGGAAGGCCUACUGUCCUGCGAGGUUGAGGCCUGCCCCUCCCUUACUUUACUCCCACCCACGUCCCCGUGAGGGGGAAUCCCUGUGACUCGGGGUGGGUCCAGUGAAGCAGCCUCGCGGGGUCUUUCCCUGACACCGCCGCCUGGAAGAGCUUCGGCCGGGCUCGCUACGCCUCGCUCAGGCCGGGAGACUUAAGCGGCGGCUUUCCUGCGGGGCCAGUCCAGCCGCGGUCCUCGAGACUGGGCGAUGAGCUUGGCAGAAGCGCCGGAGGUGGAGGCGGGAUGGCCGCCCGGAGCCUUGAACGACCCCGCCUUAGAUCUUAAUGAUAAUUCCCCUGAUGAAGCCCUGGUAGAUGAUUUUCCUAUCAUAGAUAAGAAAGCUGUGGAGCAAUUAACAGAAGGGUUGGUUUCACACUAUUUACCUGACCUACAACGAUCAAAACUAGCCUUAAAAGAACUCACACAGAACCAAGAAGUACUGUUAGAAACUGUACAACAAGAAAUUUCAAAGUUCAAAGAAUGUAACUCAAUUCUUGAUAUCAACAUGCUAUUUUCAGAAGCGAAAUACUAUCACAAUAAGUUGGUAAACAUUAGGAAAGAGAUGCUGUUGCUGCAUGAGAAGACGUCAAAGUUGAAAAGAAGGGCGCUCAAACUCCAGCAAAAGCGACAGAAAGAAGAACUAGAACGAGAACAGCAACGGGAGAAGGAACUGGAAAGAGAAAAACAAUUAACUGCCAAACCUGCAAAAAGGACAUGAAAGCGCAACACGUUUUGGCUUGUUGUGCUCAUUAUAUUAACCUUUUGGACUUUCAGGGGAUACGAUGAUCCCCUCGCACUCUCCUGUUCUAUUUUGCCAAGGAAAGUAUUAGCGCGGUCUUCAUAUUUCAGCCUUACUGUUUAAGUAAGGAGCUAGGAAUGGAAAGUAUACCACAUUAGCUACUCCUAAUCACUUUUUGAUUAAUGCUUCGCUAAUAUUGCUGGGUCAUAUUUUUUUUUUUUUGAAGAAAUAGGAUACUCUAUGGUAAGGUGGCCAACUGGCCACUGUAAGGCCUGUGGACUUCAACUCCCAGAACAUGGUUGGCUGGGGAAUUCUGGGAAUUGAAGUCCACAAGUCUUAAAAGUUGCCAAGGCUGGAAGCCCCUGCUCUGUGGCAUUAAUUCCAACAUCUUACAAGGCCUCGGUUGGUGGUGCAUGUGUCCCAAACCCAUGGAUAACCCUUAACGGUUAUCUCUACCUCAUUAAAUGUACUCUACACCACACUUCAGGGUAGUUAUCACCAAUCUGUCCGUAUCCCUUUGCUGAGCGAGGGACCUUUUUAAACUUGCAGGAAACAUGGGCAGAAAUCCUUGUGACAACUUUCUGAGUUCAGAUUCUCCAAAGAUAAGACUGGUGGAAUAGAAUUGUCAGGAUCUCAUUGCUUCUACAGGAUCUUGCUGGGUUAAGAAUUGACGGGACAACAGAAAAAACAUCCAUGGGAAAAUAUUGGUGCAACCUUGGUCCAACACCUGCUUUCAGGAUAUGAACACAUACUUGGGGAAAUGCCGGGAAAGUUUUUGUAACUUGCACCCAUCAGAUCAAUUCAGCUUUGAAGGAGACCUCUGGUAACAAGCAGCAUUAGAAUUCUGGAUGUGCAGCCUCGGUAUCAAACACACAGGUAGCACCACAUGGAAAGAACGGUGUCAACACGGACUGCCCAGUUGAAUGCUGGUGGCAGACCGCAGGCUCCCUCUUGUGUUCUCAGCAAGUUGUUGCUCCUAGGUCAAUCACCACAAAUAUUUCUCUGUUUAAAGUCCAGGCUGUUUUAAUUACUGUAAUUUAUGGGGGUCCAUCAAGUACGAUCUGUUAUAGUCAGGCAACAAAAUGCGUGAUUAAAAAAAAGGGUCUACUUGCCUGUGGGGGGAAAAA